AAAGAAAAUAAAACCACAAGAAACAACAAAAAAGAGAUGUUAAAAAUUGUUGAAUCCAUGUCGCCUACAGUUACGUGUAUUAAUAUUGUACAGUGAGGUAGCGAAAAAAUAUGAAAUUAAUUUUUAGUUAUGCUGUCUUAAGUUAUUUUUUGCUUGGAAGUGAUGCUCAUCGCUUAUCCAGACUUAUUGAGCCCAUUAACUACAACAUCAAGCUUCGACCAAACCUUGACAGCGACUAUUUCAAUGGAGUAGCCAAUAUAACCUUAAAAAUAUCAGGAAAUCACAGCAACAUAACCUUACAUUCCAGUUGUCUUAAUAUGUCUAAAGCGCACGCCAAUGGAGUAGAUUUACGAAUUAAACAAUUGCCUUAUGAACGUAUUUCAGUAGCCUAUCGGAAUGGUGGAAUAUUUCAACCAGGAGUAUAUAGUUUUUUCUUUAAAUUUGUCGGAAAAUAUGGGGUAUAUGGAUUAAAUAAAACUGAGUAUGGAAUUAAGAAUGACACAAGAGUGAUAGUUGUCAACGAGUUUGAACCAUACGGUGCUAGAAAAGCAUUCCCUUGUUUCGAUGAACCAUAUUUUAAAGCAACAUUUAGUAUACGUUUAGUGUCACCAAAUGACAGCUACUACUGCGUAUCUAACAUGCCUCAGAUUAGAAUUAAUUCUUCAUCGGACGGCACUGUAUACCACUUCGCAACGACUCCCAAAAUGUCCACUUAUUUGGUAUCGCUGGCAGUGACAGAUUCAGCUAAUUUUACCCGCCAUUUUCAGUACCGGAACAGAAAUUUUUCGACAACAAUAUACAGUUACAAUGCUAGCAAUACCAACAACAAUGAGGUUAUUGAAUUUGCCCAAGCGGCUCUUGAGAUUUUCACUGACUACACUGGAAUUGAAUAUCCUUUGCCAAAACUCGAUAUGAUUGAAUAUAAGAAGGCCAAGGGACUGGGAACAGAAUUAUGGGGUCUGAUACAGUUCAAGAUGGGCUUAUUGAAUCAAAACCUGGAAACUUACAACAAACAUGAGCGAGGUUUUGUGAUUUUCCACGAGGUGACACACUCAUGGUUUGGAAAUUUAGUAACCAACGACGGAUGGAAUCAUCUUUGGCUGCAAGAAGGCUUGACUACCUAUAUGUCGACCAAAUAUUUCAAUCAGUACUUCAACGUGACACUACAACCACACAACGUAUUCGAUCUAAGCAAUCUAUUCUAUGAAGAUAAAUCCAAGCCUUUGCCACUUGUAACCUAUCCGGAUCAAAUCACAGAAAAAGACCUUUUUAGAAAUGCAGUUUAUUCAAAAGGUGGUGCAAUAUUUCAAGUGCUGGAAACGGUUAUGGGUCCAGAAGCUUUCCAGAAUGUUAUCAGGAGGUAUUUAAAGAAAUUCUCUUAUGGAUCUACCACGACAGACGAUAUUAUCAAAGAAUUCUCCAAAGAAAAACCUGAGUUGGAUAUAAAGUCUUUUAUGGAAACCCACUUAUACCAAUCUGGAUUGCCUGUGUUGAGUCUUGAUGAGAGUUCUGAAGGUUAUAUUGUCACUCAGCAUGAUAUAUACAACGGAACAAGAAAAUGGACUAUACCAAUUUCGUAUAUGCAAAGGAAUGUAACUGGACACAUAUGGUUUGACAAAGAUUCAAAAUCAGUUACUAUUCCUCGUGUUGCUGAUGCUGGGAAAGUGGCAGGAAGAAAAGAUUGGAUCCUGUUAAAUAUCGCAGACUCCCGAGGGAUGUACGCAGUCAACUACACAGAAAAAAUCUGGGACGCCUUGCUAGAUUCUAUAGAGGAUCUGCCUGAUGAUGAAGUAGAAAAUUUAGCUGAAAACACACUAAUAUUGUAUAUGAACGAGGUGAUCAACUGCGAUGUGAUCUUGAAUCUACAGGAAAUACUUCCAAAAUGUAUCAAGUCAACAUUUCGAGACCCUGUAUUGACAGUCUUAGAAGAUAUCAUCUGUUAUCCUGAUGAAUUUCAAUUAGCUUAUGACAAAAUCAAGGGAAAUAUAGAUUUCAAUGAAGAUGUACUGAUGCUUAGAGGAAUGGAUUGCAUAGUUAAAGGUGACAUUAUGGACAUAUUGGCACUGACCAAUUCUGGAAUCAACUUUAUACUAUACUGUACGAUGUCCAGGCAGUUCAGAGUGACGUUUAAAGAAGUGUUUUUAAGGCCCUUAUUGCAUAGACUGCGUCCUGGAUCGCGAUAUUCCAAUAUGGACAAAAGUGGAGAAAAAACACUGAUUUCGGCAGUUUAGGAGAUAAGAAAGUCAUUCAACAAGGAAAGGGUGAUUUAAUACUAUAAUAUUCUUCCAAGUCAUUAUUCAUCAUCAUUAUCAUCAUAUUUGCAGAUAUGUAUACAGCAUCAGUCUUAUAACGAACAAACGAAGCACUAUUGUAUAGAGAUAUAAAUUAAAUUAAAAAACACCCUGUAUACUUACAGUCAUUGAAAAUGAAUUCCUUUUUAUUUAAUUAUUUAGUAAAUAAAUGUGAAUUUCAAAAUUUCUAAAUAUUGAGCCCUUUUUAGGAAUUUUGAAACAACGAAAUAAAACCUUGUCAAAUUACUAAGCUCAAUAUUUGAACUGUGUCAAUAAUAACUCAAGAAUUUAAACAUAAAUAAUGCAAUGUUAAGAUUUUUUGUUAUAACUAAUAAUGUAAUACGUUUUGUUUAGAAUAAUUAUUAUUACGUGUAAUAAUUGUAAAUAAAAUGUAAUAAAUAGUGUAUAUUUUGU